CAAGUUUUCAUCAUCUGCAGAUAAGGUAGAGCUCAUUUCAUUUUUCAUUCAUUUCAUUCAAAAUUCUGAAGAAAAGAGAAAAAUUGAAGAAAAGAAUUGCACAAAGUACCCGCAAAGUACUUAAGUUCCCCAAACGUUUUUACUGAAAUGGGCCCAAUCACAUGCAUCUUCGCUAUUCUUUUGGCCGUUUGCUGUCAGUGCCAAUCAUUUAACCUUGGGGCUUCUUCUUCUUCUUGGGCGAAACUAAAAAUCUCACCGGACACGUUCAGUUCCAUGGAGUACGGCAAUUUUCUCACUGAAAUUUAUGAACACGCCGAUAAUAAUCACAAAUCAACUGCCAGCCAGAAAAAAUAUUUCUACUCCCCCAUUGCGCUAUUGGACCACUCAAGUGCCGUUAGCACUUACAACAGAUUCACGAAACAGCCAGAGAUGAGAUUCCGUGUGGAAAUGUGGAACGACAAAGUUCAAAAAGAAGUUGUGAAAUAUUUGAACGAGAUCGUCGGCCACGAAAUUAAAUCUAAUCAAGUGAGAGUCCUCCCCUUGGAUAAAGUCUUUCUCACCAGCAAAAGAGCCAGCACGGAGGAAUAUUUUCUAUCUCCAGAGUGGACGAAUUAUGACAAAGGCAAAACCCUGAGACUUUCUCUGUCGUGUUUUGAACAGAAAAUCUGCGACGAACUGGCCAAUGAUAUGCGGACCAACCCCGAACAUUUAAAUCAUUUCAAACUCCUGUACAGUUUGUCAUCGCAAACGUCGCAAACCAAACAGACGACCAUCAGUAUCGACAGCGUCACUUCCGGUCAAUUGGUCUCGACUCUUUUACAGAAAUUUGGAGACAAAAACGAAAUUUAUCUGACGGCCAACGACGAGAAGAAAAUGUUGACGGAAACGGCCACCAAAAUUCGAAUGGACACAUUUGAUGACUCAGAGGUUGGGUCUCCGGACGCUGAAAUUACAAUCUAUUCUUUUUUAAAGGAUUUGCUGGUCACGUCCAGGACGACCAUCAAAGAUCAAAGCGACAAGAUGUGGGACUCUGUUUUCUGGAAUGAGGACAAUUAUCGGCCGGACAAGACGACGAAAACAUUGAACGAAAUCCUCAACAAACUUGAAAGGGAAACUCAAAAGAUGUUGGCGGAUAUGUUUCAAAAAGUGGAGAAACAGUCGGUAAUAUUAGGAAAAUUAACUUCGAAUAGUAAAGAGAAAAGACGAGAAGAACAACAUCGCAAUGUCAAUGUCAAUGAGAAAUGGAAAUUUGCAAAAAACUACUCGGAUGAAGAAAAUAAAAAUUUUGAGAAUAAAGAAACAAUCCAACACAAUUACGACUCAAACAGUUGGGCCGACGUGGACAGAAUCAGUUCAACAAUUUCAGAGAAAAUGGCAAACGAAUCUGAUGGUUCCAGCCAAGUUGAAAUUACGAAAGAAGACGUUGAAAAAUUAUUACAAGAAAGUAGAAUUCACGUCCAAUGGGACGGAGAAAAAUUCGUGCCCAAACCGAUGCAACUCAGCAGAAUCAAUUUGGCCAAAUUUCGCGACUCUCAAUCGUUUCAGGAUCGUAACAUCCGGGUUCGUUACACGACCGCCGAACUGUCGGCGCCGAUAAAAUUUUUGGUACACACAGAAUUGAACGUCACUGACGAAUGGAACCAUUUAAAGGAGGAACUCAAAGCCACUACUGAGCUCUUAACUACAACCGUGAACAACUUGGUGAAAACAAAUACCAAACUGAGUGUUGUAGAGAGCGAUUUAACUAAUGAAUUAGAAGGGACUAAACAAGAGUUGGAGAAAACCAAAAACGACUUAAAGGAAACGAAGGUUUAUGUCAAUAAUCUAUCGAUAAAGUUAAAUGAGACCAAACAGGAGUUGGUGAAAACGAGAGCAGAUUUUCUCAUAACCGUCGAUGGUUUAUCUGCAAAAUUAAACGCGACCGAAACAGAAUUGGCAGAAACGAAAAUCACGGCCGGGAAAUGGUCAGCUGAACUCAAAAUGAAUUUGGGUCGAUUUAGUCAAGAAUUAAAAGUUGCUGAAGAAAAUCUGAAAAAAGAUCUAAUAGCAACUUUAAUUGACGUGGAAACUGCAAAAACAAAUUUGGCAUCAACGAGAACGGAAUUGAACAGCACAAAGUCCGCCGUUGCAGAUUUGGCGACCAAAUUAAAUGCCCGAACCAGUGAAAUAGUCGACAUUAGAAAAAUUCCCACCUCGUGUGCGGAUAUGGAGCGAAUAGGACAUAAACUGAGCGGAUUCUUUUUGGUAAAAGGAUCAAAGAAGAUGGAAAUGAUUUACUGCAACUUUAAUGCCAAUCAAAAUGACAAACAGAAAUGGAUUGGAUACGCCGACGUCAAAUCGGCGCCUGUCCAUUUCUACGUCACGAGAAAUUCUUCAAUUUCCACAGAAGGAAAUCCAAUUACUUUCGACUUGGCGCGGGUGAACGAGGGAAACGCCAUGAAUUUGAACACCGGGAAAUUCACGGCACCGCGACCGGGAAUUUAUUUUUUCUCUUUCACGGGAGUUGCGCAUCUUUAUUAUUCAUCUGCUGUUUAUUUUAUUUCUUAUCUUUAUUUGAACGGGAAUUCAAUCGGGUGGAGUUAUGUUUACGAGGGUAAAGGCCCCGUAGAACAAUAUAGUGUGGUGACCCUCCAGUUGACGCUCAACUUGAUAACAGGUGAUCGAGUCUGGGUGCAGAUUGGUUAUUCUGGUACAUCCUCGUUUUUGACUGACGACAGUAACCACCGGACCCAUUUCACGGGUUUCAUGUUGGAGGAGGAAAUUGUCGCGUCACUUUGAGGUUCAACUUCAUCGGCGACGCACGACACAUUUUGAAAUAUUUUUGAAUUUGGAAAUCAUUUAAUCAGUCCAAGAUGUGAAACCCACAUAAGCUGUUUGUCAACAAUUCCAGUGUUGUUUUUUGUUUCUAUAAGUUUACG